UGGAACUUGCAAAAAUGACUGGGAGAAUAAGAGGAAACUCAAACCAGAAAGUGUGUAAAGAAUGGAUAACAUUUAAAGAAUAUCUAAAACAAUACAGUAUUGUGAAAGUGCAAAUCUCCUGACAGGUCUAGAUUGAAUCUUGAAUAUUAAGGAAAACUAUAAAUGUAGAAAAUUUUCUGGAUAUGUAACAGAUAUAACAGGAAAUGCGUAAAGGUUAAGAAUAUGUAGAAAGCACAAUGAGGUGAAUUGGAAGUCAAAAGUGUGUGUGAUGUUAGACGAUGUGUUGUUAGUUAAUGUUUAGUUGUCAUUGAAGUUAUUGUUUUUGUUUGUGUUAUAUGUAAAUUGUUUUGCAAUAAAGUUAAAAAACAACAACUAUGGAGGAUUUGGCUAUGAAGCAAUCUUAAAAUGUAAUUAUUAUGAAGACAAGGAAAAUAAAACACAACCGAACCCCCACCCUUUCUUCUGGUUACUUCAAACUCAGGGGUACAGUAUUUGGGGGAUGAGGAAAGGCUGGACAUAAACGAAAGCUUCUUUUUAUAGCCUUAAAAUGCGACAUCUUCGUUAAAGCAGCCCUUUGUGACGGGAGGGAGUCCGCGAAGACACUGAAGCGGGCUUUGCAACGGCUGGAGUUGGAUGGAAAGGGGCGAGGCCGCCGCCCCGGGCUUUCCUGGCAAGGCUGGGCCGGGCGGAGCGUUAGGCCUGCGGUCGCCAUGGCGACGGGAGCGCGUGGUGGAGGCCGCCGAGCAGCAUGUACGACCGCGCUCCCCGCGCCUUGACCUUGACCGUCGGCGGCACCGCGUCCCACCUGGGGCCGGGCUGCUACGAGUUGCCUCCCGACACCAAACGGCUCCAAGUUGGCUAUGCUCCAUUUCUUUCUUUCGCAAGUCGUGGCCAUGGAAGUAUUUAUCGGAAUGCUGAGAGCGAUGUUCCAGGACCGGGAUCCUAUGAGAUCGAGAAAACACAGAAAACCGUUAAAGGGGGCAAGAGUCCUCAGAACAAAGAGAAACGUUUCCGAGAGAUCCGUGCCGAUACUCCUGGUCCUGGAACAUAUUGCCAGCCUCCUUCAAUGGGUCUAGACACCAAUAGGAUAAAGAAACCAUCAAAAAUCUCUGCAGCACAGAAACUUGCAGAAUGCAUCAAAGUCUUCCGGAAAUCAGAGGCUCCCUCUAUCCCUUCCCAAGGACAAUCAUUUGGUUAUGAAGAGGCUGCUGAUGGCACUCUUUUAAAACAUAAUCCUCCUUCAAGAGACACUACUUUAGGUCCAGCAUACUAUCAGACAAAAGGUGAUUGUAUUUACCCUACCAUGAAAUAUAAAGGAGUGCAAUUUGGCAAUUUGACAGAAAAGCGGCCUGAAUUUAAGCCACGUGAGGGCCCCGGACCUGCAGAUUAUGACGUGAUUCCGGAAAACGCAGUGCAUUAUGAAAAUGUCAACAUCAGAAAGGAAGACCAGAGAAAAUAUGACCUCUAUGUUCCACGGUAUCAUGAAGUAAUAGUAUUACAGGAAGAAAAGAAGGGUGUUCCAGGUCCUGGCCAGUAUUACAUAAGAAGUCAGUUUGAGAAGCCAGUUAGUGCAACACGAAGUGCUCCUUUCCUUUCACUUGCCCAAAGAUUUGCACCUGUGAAAUCAACUGCCCCAGCUCCUGGCACAUAUAAUGAAACUCGCUACGCUCUUGAGUCCUUGAAGAAAGCGACUCAAACAAAAAACAUUCCAUUUGGCAAUACAGCUGUUCGAUUCACCCAAGACCACAGGCUGCGAAAAAGUCCAGGUCCUGCAUUCUAUAAUAUUCUCAACCAUAGCAUUGCAACAGAAAGUCUUAAAAAGGCUGACAUGGAAAAAAAGAAAAAGGGAGCAUUUGGUUCUUCAGUUCCUAGACUCUUAUAUUUAGUCAAGAGAGAAGCUUUUACUACUCCUGGACCAGCUGAUUAUCAGGUUAAAGAGACCACUGAAGAACCACGAAAAAAGAAGAAGGAAUUGGCCAUUUUUGCUUCAGUUACAGAAAGAAUUCCAAGAGUAAGCUCGGAAGCUCCACCACCAGGCUCCUAUGAUGUUCAGAAAUCAUUUGAGAAAUCACAGUGUAAAAGUGAAUACAUGGCUCCCCGAACUGCCACGGCUAAAAGGAAGCAUACUUCUUUUCUCAGUGGCUCAAUUAGGCACGGUAUAUGUGAGGCCAAGAAGGAUAUGCCAGGACCAGGGGCAUACAGCCCAGAAACAAGCAGCUUAAGGUUGAAAUCACCUUCCUAUGUUGCAGUAUACGUUUCCCAGGUGGAACGUUUUAAAGAAGCAAAAGAUGACACUCCUGGACCCGGGACGUAUGAGCUGAGUCCACUUCUGAAAGAUACAGUCCUGAAGAGAACAUUCAAUGCAACAUUGAAUAAUCCGGUUGUGAUUCAAGUGGGCAAUUCCAUUUACAGACCUAUGACAGAGAAAGAUAUUUUCUGUGUGUCGAAUGAACUAGUCUCAAAAAAACAAAAUGAAACCACGGUAGCUGGGUCCCUUUGAAGGUUGUCCUGUGAAGAAAUGUCAACAGUUUGACGACGUCCUCAUAUCAUUUGUUUGCUUUGUCUUCUGGGAUAUAAAAACUGCUCUUCCAAUAUAUCGUCUUUCUUUUUCUUCUUUGUGAAGCUCUCUUCCUUGUGCCUGGUCUUUUGCAAUUUCUAGAUUUCUGCUUUUAUAUCAUAACCAUUAAUAAAGUUAUUUGGCAAAUUAAUAUAUUGUUCUUUGCAAGACAACACCUUGUUUAGCACACACAAGUCCAGAUUUUUGGAUAAAUGUAUGAAAGCCAGAAUAUGUUAAUGACAUAUUUGAAUAUAGUGUAUGUUUUUAGGCCUGAGCUAUCAGUCAGCAGGAGUGGCAAACAUAAUGGCUUUUGCAACAUUAUAGACAUCCCUAAAUUCAUGUAGAUUGCAGAAACAACCAGAAGAAAUACAAGUAUGUGCAUGAGAUUGUUUGCUAUUAAAAAGUGAAUUGUAUUCCACUAAGCUACACUCAGAGAAGACUCAUUAAACGUAAUGAACCUAAGUUAGUCAUGCCUAUAAUUUAAAUCGGUCUAUUCUGGGACCUAUUUAAGGUAUAAUAUUUUAGACACCCUUGUAUUGAAUCUUGGUUUUCAGCCAUUCUGGUUGGAGGUCUGUAAACAUAUUUUUAAACAUCUCAAAUACUUCAUAAGUUGCUGCAGCUUUCUUAAGACCCAGCUCUAUGAGAAUAUACAAACAACAUGCAUGACAAGUGGGAUCUGCGAUAAAUGAUCAGGCUUCUCAAUUAUCAUUGGAUCUUACUGAAGUAGAAAUGGUUCCUUGCAACAGAAGUUCAACCCCCAAGUGGCGACUGCAAGAGCAGAAAACAGUGAUAUGACAAAGGAAUUGGGCAAAGAAGUGAGUCCUAGUGUUCCCCACUCAUGCAAUAGCAAAUGCAUGAAUUUAAAUGCCUGACCAGGGCUUUUGAGCAAUAUACCUCCAUUCACUGCCCCUCCCCCAAUGGUCAGAAAGAACACUUGGAUGGGGCUCAAAUCAGCAUGUACAUUGAUUCUCCACUUGGGAACAGUGGAGUAGCCAAUCCAAAUUCAUCCAGUACGAAGGGAAACCAGUUUAGGGUUGUCUAAGAGAACCAACACGUCUGUUGAAGACAUUGGUCCAAACAUUAAGAGAUAAGGCUUUGUUUAGCACACACAGUGCUAAAACCAACUGACCACUACAUGACGCAACAAAUUUGACACAAAUUAAGUUUUAAUCUCAUAUGCUUUCCAAAUAUAUUUGAAGCCCUCCUCAUAAUGUAGGAUGUCAUCCGUCUCAGCCCUGCUACACAGUCUUAUAGUCUAUAUAGUGCUUUUAGAGUGUUUAAAGCUCUUUACUAACAUUAUUAAAACAACAAAGAGUCGGUUUUGUUGAGAACGAAAACCCUUUUUGCCACAAUGUGGCCAUAGAAAUGUGUGAUUCACGGGAGACUGCCCCACAAUCUCUUAGAGUUGGGUCGUCUUCUGGCUUAGCUUAAUGAUGAAUAAAGCCUAAUAUUUAAGCAGGCUGUCAAUGGCCACAGAAGCCAGAAUCAUUAAAGAAUAACUUGAAACUGGAAAAUGUGCAUAAUUUGUACUCUGGAGUGUAGGCUCAAAUCUAAUUUUAUGUGGGUGGUAUAUGGAUGCAAAGUGCUGGUCUUAGCAAAACACUGAAAGCUAACUACCAAUUAAAAAGCAUUCUGUAAUAUAUCAUUGCUAUAUUCAGCAAUAAAGUGUCUUAAAUUCACUGUAACCAUUGAUAACUUCUUUUAUCACACCCUAAUAAAGACUGCGCAGAGCUACUAGA